GGGAAGUACCCAUGAUCUUGGAUAAACAUCAUCGUCAUCCUCAUCAUCAUCAUUGUUACCAUACGCCCAUCAGGUCCUGUCAAAUGGGUCAUUUACAGAGUGCUCUGAAUGGCCAUCAUGGGCCUGGGAAUGCGAGCGAGAGCAGUGCUCUCCACUGGGUCAUUGGUAUCGAUCUCCGUGACCCCCGUGCCAUGCCCGUGAUGGGCUGAAAUCGAAGAGGAAUUCGCCCCAAGCCCUGCAAGGAUCUCGUGGAAUCGUGGCCGACUGAACCUUGAUGGUCUGAUGAGGCAGAAUCAUGUACUCUCUUGCCUUCCCAUUUGUACUUUGGAUAGAACGCUUUACCAAGUGCAGGAGAAUUCAGCUAGCGGAACACUCCUAAGAAGGAUGUGACUUAGGGAUUGAUUCUCUCUAAGGCGGUUUUGAUGCCUCAUCAGAAGAAGUGUUUGUCCCGAUUUGCCACACAAUAAAUCGGUUUACAACUCGAGAAAUAACACCAUGAAUGUUCCAAAGCUGCUGUCCAAUGGUUAUUGUGCAAUAUGAGAUUUGUGCCCUACUUAGUUCGAAGGUCCGUCUGUGAGUGUGAUGAUUAGCGUUUUCCUGGAGAGAAAGGUCGGGGAGGAGAAUCGAAUCAGCGACCUCUCUCAUGUUUGGAAACUGCCAUAUACACCAAGGAAAGUUAGGGGAAUCCACUAUAGGAAUACCCCUGGGCAGCUUUGCAGCAGAAACCCGAACUUCAAUGGAACCUCAGUCACAACUCACUGAUGUAAGAUCCAAACACCGGAAUAAUUCAUACCAUGCUACUAUGCAUACCUAAGAAUAGUCAAAUUAAUUUCCGGAAAAUGGAAGAUUCCACUGAGGACACUCUAAUGGAUUGCCAAGAUGCUGCUGAGCCCAAUCUAGACCAAGAUCACAACUCGGAAGAUGAAGAAUAUUUGGCCGGAUUUUCAGACCCUGGUGAGGGCCCUUCUGAACAAGAUGACAUGCAAUUGCAUUCAUCAAGCAAGAAAUGCAAGAAAGAGAAUCCCCUUAUAUCAGAGACUGAAAAGUGUCGUGUAUGUGGCGAGCCAGCUGCUAGGCAUGUUCAUUAUGGAUCCGUCACAUGUUUCUCAUGCCGAGCAUUUUUUAGGCGAUCCAUCCAGAACAAGGCAUGGAACAAUUACAGUUGCAGACGACAAGGCCAGUGUGAGAUUAUGCUCAAGUCUAGAAAGAACUGUCAAAAGUGUCGUUACGAAAAGUGUUUAAGUGCGGGUAUGAAACCAACUUGGGUGCUGUCCGAAGAGGAGAGAUCGCGGAGAUUCCGGAAAACACGUGAAAAGAAAGCUCGACAAAAUAGCAGCCACAAGUCUCAUGAGGUAUCAGAAUUCGAAACAAAUCACGGACUGGAAAUAGAGGAUGAUCAGGUACCUGGUCCAUCUCGACAUGGAAAUCAUAACGAGAUCGAGACUACUUGUUUUGAUAGUAGUGGACCUCAGUCAAACCAAGCCGAAGCUUUAUCAGCUUCAAAGCCUGAUCUAUUGCCUGUCUCUAACCAGGGGGUUAUGGUCUCCUCUGGUAUGGCUUCAGUUUGGGGCGCCAGAUAUUCCAAUACAUCUUCGAGUGUCGUGCUAACGCCAGCCUUGGAGGCACUCAUCAAAUCAAAGCAGGGUAGUUCUUCCUCCGGUCUCACGCAACCAAUGUCGCCUGUGAAAGAUCAUUCCACCGGACUUCAUCGCCCCUUUAAGCAUGCUGACUUGAUGUUCUAUGAUUAUAAUCCUACCCGAAAAGAUACUAAUCGCUCUCCAAACUUGUGUAGUGCAAACGGGUCGCCAUGUUCCUCGCGAUCUUUUUCGCCUCAUGAAGCUUAUUCCCAAAGGUUUUCACCUGGGAUACCUCUAGAGCCACAAAUGACAGUUAGUGAAGAUGAAAUCAUUCAGAUACGGAGACUAUCUUAUGAACAUGAUAAGUUUUACCGCUCUGUGGCCUUUGGUGAAGAGCUUAUCAAAGAGUUAGUAAUGUGCUCGGUGUUUGAGCUACCCCUUUCGCCCAAUCAAGCCAUGACAGCCUACAGACUUAUGAUCCAAAGAGUUACAAAGGUAGCUCAGGGAUUUGAACCCUUUAAUCGACUCGACAGGCAUGCUCAAAAGGCGUUGCUCAAGACUAAUGCUGACCUCAUGGUAAGCCUCAGAGGAGGGGUGUUCUUCGAUGAAAAAAAGAAAGGAAUCGACCAGAUCUUAUUUUCAUUGGGUGUGGAUGAUGUGGAGUUAGCUAAAAGAAUGCUAAUGACCACUCUGAAGGCUACUGGUUCUUUGGGACGCAUCGAAUAUAAGAACUACAACUCGAUACAAGAACUGGGUGACAACGACACGGAACGUAGAUAUAACGCCCUCUUGUCUCGAGUGGGAUCUGUGAUAUCUUUGGUCCCAGAAUUAGUCAACGUAAUGGCGUACGUUCUGCUCCUGUGCCCAGACUAUUGCGAACUAGAAGAUCGUCAAAAAGUGGAGGGACUUCAACAAAUGAUGAUCCAUAUGACAAAAAGGCUACUCGAAUCUCAGUAUCCAACCCAUAUUGCCAUGAAUGUAUUUCCUCAAGUUCUUAGUUGUGUGGCGGACCUUCGAGAGCUUACCCUAAUCAAACGCAAGAGACCUUUGGCAAAGCCAGUGACGAAGUCUCCUCCCCAUAUACCUGAAACUCAGACAACUUCAUCGGACCCCGAGGAAUUAAGGCGCACGGGUCUCUCCCCUAGUUUAGGGACUUCACACGAGCACAAUUCCGAUGAACCGACACACGGUCAAGUUUAGUUGUCACAAUACCCAGACUUUCCCUAGAGCCACCAACCACCUAAUUGAACCAAUUAUUUGAUUUGUGACUUUCAGUUAGAUAGAGGACAUUCGAAAAACGGGCCCGAUCAAAAUAAUCAUGUUCAUGUUGACAAGCAAACGCAUAUUUGACUAGGAUGAAUUUUAUUGGAAGGAUGAGGUAUUAUGCUAGAAUAUGUGCUUCAUGAACUUUUAGGUGUAAUGAAAAGAUGUAUUGGCAUAUCCUUAGUGUUUUUGUCAAUAGUGGACAGAAAUGUUGAAUUUGGCUGGUACCGUAAUUGACUAAUAUGGACUGAUCAGUGCAAGUGUUGUUCUUUGCAAAUUAAUUAAAAUUUGUUGGAAGUGGGUUCAAUACUUGGCUUGCAAAAAAGAAAUUCAAUUCCAGAUCGAAUAACCAGUGUGGAGAAGGAAGUGUCACAACAAGUGGUUGUAACCAUGUCAUAUCCGUACUUGUCAUGGUAAGAUUUUGAGAAUAACUUUUUAGAUUUCCUAAGCUACAUCUUUCACUUCAUAUUGCACGAUGGAAAAAGAACAACUUAAAAAGUUACUUGCUAUUUUCAAUUUACCAUGAAGAAAUCAACAACUCUGUCUUUAUUUUGCGUUCCAAAUAUUUGACAGAAUGGUACAAGUACAUCCAAAAUUAUUUGUGAUAUUUUCGAGACAUACUCGUGAAACCAUACAGUGGAAUUGAUAAUUAAGAUGUCAUCAAUGUACCAUCAAACUUUUUUCCUUCGGAAUUUAGUAUGGGAGAUUUCUGUUAAAAUUUGUUGAAAUAUAAUCACGGUGAAAAUGUGA